CUAAGCAUGUUUAUCAUUUCAUUAAGUAAUUGAAGGAUGGGCGUCUUAGAAUACACGAGUGGCCAGGCAUGCAGACCAUAGUAGAUGUAUCGGAAGCUCGCAACUCAGUCAAUGAUAUAGAUUUCAGCCUAGACUCAAGGUACUUGGCUUCAACAUACACCGAUGGCUCUCUUAGGAUUUGGGACAGUACUGCUAAUGGUGGUGCAGUCACUCGACCAGGCUCAACUUAUAAAUUUGAGCUAUGUCGAUUUUCUAGGGAUCAAACAAAACCAUACCUAUUUUGCACCCUCCAAGAAGGUUAUCGACCAGCCACAGUCAUCUGGGACAUCAGUACGAGGAAUAUAAUUGAGGUCAAAGAUCUUAGAAAGCAUGCUUGUGUAAUGUCAAUCAGCGCGGAUGGAAGUUAUAUAGCUCUGUAAGUUUUAAGCAUUCUUUGGAUGGAGAUUAACCCAUGAUAUAUUAAAUUUUCUUCUUCUUUUAUACACAUGUAGUUUGCAGUUUU